AUGUUUUCCCAAAAGAAACCCUACUCAGCAGUGACCGUAACGGUCGAGCGGUUGACCAGUGAAAGCUACGAGGAGGACGAUCUGAGCGGGAUCCCAGAUUUGGUAGAGAUCAUCAAAUUACAACCGACUGGCCCAACCGAAGCUGCCCGUGCGAUACGCAAAAAACUCAAGUAUGGCAGCGUACAUCGUCAACUUCGCGCCCUGACAUUGCUCGACGGCCUAAUCGAGAAUGCUGGUCCGCGCUUCCAAAAGACAUUUGCCGACGAACCAUUGCUGGAGCGCUUGCGCUUCUGCGGCACUUCAGAGUUGUCGGACCCGGAUGUCAAGAAGAAGUGCUCCCUCAUGUUUCGCGCCUGGGCAGUAUCAUACGCCAACACACCAGGCCUCGAGGGAAUCGCCAAGCUCCACAAGCAAAUGCCUCGACGGAAACAAGCCGUAACUCAAGAUCGAUCCAAAGUAAUUCGGGAGACAGAGAACAACCCAUUCACCGAAGAAGAGGCAGCUGGGUCUCGUCGCGCAGGUCCCUCUUCAGCGGUGUCCACACCAGUAACCGGUCGCAUCGAGUCCUUUUCCUCUUUUGGUUCGUCAAAGGAUAAGAGAAAGAAGGACAAGGCCAAGCACGGCAAGUCCGGCUCUCGUUCUUUUAACCUUGCGGCCGAGCAGGACCAGAUGAAGAGCACCAUCGCCGAGUCUUCUAUCGCAGCGACAAACCUGAUGAAUGCCCUGCAGACUGUCAACAGAGAAAUAGAGCGUGUCUCUCACAAUGCAACAGCCGUCAAGCACUUUGAGGCUUGCAAGCAGCUGAGGCGCAAAAUUCUGCGCUAUAUACACUAUGUCGAGUCGGAAGAUUGGCUCGGUGGCUUGCUUCACGCCAACGACGAGCUUAUUACUGCUUUGAUGACCUUUGAGCAGUUGGACCGUUCCAUUGACGCGGACAGCGACUCGGAGGAUGAUAUGGCCGAGCAGGCGCAUGCGUAUAGGAUGGCCAGUGAGCGGGCGAAACAACAAGCCUCGCCUACAAGUCCAAGUCCCGUCUCACAAAUGGCUGGCCUGAGUAUCAGUCGCAGCCCCCCUCCACCUCCGCGCCCGUCGGCCUCGUCAAAGCCACCACCACCACCUAGACCCGCCGCGCGGCAGACUCCUGGGGUCGACAACGAUGACGACGAUCCAUUUGCCGACAGCAACGCCUUGCCAACUCCGGGAAUGGAGAAGUCGCAGCCAAACUGGUGA